AUGUGCGACUCCAAAUUCAAAUGGUGCGAGAAAGCGGCCGACGGCCUCCGAGACGUUUUUGACGUACGGGAUCGCUCGCCAGAUUUUAGGGGCGGUGCGAUCUUGUUGUCCAUCUCGUUUGCGCAAGCACCGGUUGACGACGUUGCACGGCUUGUCAUUUUCUCUGAAUACCCAUCGAAGCGAUUCACCGUGGAGAUGAGCACUUUGGAUGAUGAGGCACGUCGGUUGGAUGAGACUGCAGCCAGCCAUGAACUCGAGCUAAUGCGAAUGACGGAUAAAAAGGCUGAGCUGGAGGAAAGACUGGCCCGCGCAGAAAGAAACCUGACUAUGGCUAUGGACAAAGUCACCCACUCAAAGCCGAAGGCACAAUUGGACAUCUCGGUGCAGCUGCUGUGUGACUUCAACGAAUCGUUGAAUAUGCUGUUGGUGCGCUGCAUCCGAGGCUCACCCUUCGUAACAGAGGAAGUGCUAAAACGGGCACAGGAGUUGUUUGACAGCUUUCAACUCGCAACUCCGAUCCUGGUUGGAAAUAUGGCAAAUAUAAGACAAUCUGAGAGAGUCAUGCAAAGUCUCAGGAACACCAAUGCCUCAAGUUGGUCAAUAGUUGGUUUGAAAUUUGAAAAGCGAAGGCAGCUGCAUGUUGUCUUUAUGCCACUGUUUUCAGUUUGA